GGCCAAGAAAGAUUCCGCACCAUAAUGUCCUUGUACUACAGAGGCGCUCACGGUAUCAUUGUUGUGUACAAUGUUACUGAUAAUGACACUUUUAUGAACAUCAAGCAAUGGCUACAGGAGAUAGACCAGUACGCCUUUGAGGGCGUCAAUAAGCUGCUGGUUGGGAAUAAGAGUGAUCUUACCAGCAAAGAGGUGGGGGAGUACAGCGUGGAAUUUGCCGAUCAGCUUAGUAUUCCUUUCCUGGAGAUGUCCGCAAAGAAUGCGACAAAUGUCAAACAAGUGUUUUUGACAAUGGCAAAACAUAUCAAGGAUAGGUGCUCUCAGAGCAGC